AUGGUAUAUGAGCAAAAACAAAGAACAGUAAUGGAACUUAAAAUCAAUCAAAAAAUUGAUGAAAUAAAAAAAGGAUAUGAAAUAGAGAUAGUAAUACCAAGUUGGAAGAAAACAAAAAGAGUAAGAUGUGUUGGCAUAGAAAUGAUAAUAGAUCCAAUAGAAUUAAAACAAAAAAUACAAAAUAUAUUUACACAUUGGGUAACAAAAGAAAAAGUAGAAAAUCCAAAGUAUUAUUCAGAAUGGAAAGAAAUAUAUAGUAACUCAAAGAGUCAAAUUAAAGAAGAAUGGUAUUCAACAUUAACACAAGAGUUUGCUAAAGAGAGAUAA